AUGGCAGAUGAGAAGAAAUUGGUUUUUUCUUCAAAGGAUUUCACAGUUUUCGAAGAUGCAGUGCAAGGAACAUUGUCCCACUAUCAUUUCCUGGCGAAAGAUGCAUUGAAGAGGAAGCUUCUGAAAUACAGCAUCACCCAGAAGUUCCACCUCUUUUACCACUUCGGGCAGCAGUCAAAAUAUCUGACGCCGAGAUGUGUUUGGUGCUAUGGCCCUGAGUCGUACCUGGCGAUUGUGAAAGCUGUGACUGCAAGCUGCUCUCGUGGAACUGCCAGCUACCAGGUUGUGGGAAAGGUGCUUCAAAAGUUUAGCCUGGCUUUUCACUUGCUCUUAAAGGGCUUGUUGGACUUCGACACUGAGAAGCCGGAGGACUAA